UUUUCCAAAGGGUGAUUUUUUAAAAUCCAGCCUGAAGAAGAAACUAGAACAAUUGGUUUAAAACACAACAAGUCUUCAAAAUGAAGGUGUUGGGUGCGUUGCUUUUGCUGCUAUUCAUUGAUUCAAUCUUCUGUGGUAAAAACUACUUUGGACUUGAUAAACAAUUUCCAAACUGCACAACACUUGACGAGGCGCUCAACGAGAUGACUAAACCAUAUCAACAGAACCCUUCUACUAAAAAGUGCUUUUACAAUUGCGUCUUUGAGAAAUCUAAAAUGAUUGCCAAUGGCAAGAUCGUCAAAGAAUAUUUUAAGGAAAAAUUGAAAAAGGUGAAACCAUGCUUGUCUAUCGAGGAUUCCAACAGGUGUGAGCUGGCUUUCAAGCUAUAUGAAUGCCUCGCUAAGCUUUAAAUCCAUUUCUGUUUAAGAGUCUCUUAAGAAUUCUUAAGAGUUCUUUUUUAAAUGGUGGUCAUUUUAAGGCCAAAUGUCUUGAAAAUCAUUUAAUUCUAGUUCUGCAAUAUGGAUUCAACGUUGUCUUUAAAAUAAAAAACUUAUGAAUCUAAAA